UCUAUUUAUAGGAUGCAGAAGAUCUACCCAAGUCAUGUGAUUUUGCUAUUAUAAACUUAUUUGUAUCCCGGUACACAUUUCAACAGAGGAUUAAUACUUUUGAUCAAAGUUAGGUGCACCUCUUUCGACAUAUAUUUUUAAUCAACGUGAGAAAUAAUUGCUACAGAUCUGCAUGCAGUUUGGACGCACUUGUUAAAGACUCAGGAUGUUGGUAGAUCUACUACGUCACAGCUUAUAGUUUGAGCUUGCAUAAACUCACUGUAGUGUAGGCUAAUAACUUCUAGUGUCAUUAGCUGAUCACAUUUUAAAGUUUUAUCGGACAUCAAUAAUAUAGGGGUAUAACGAGCUCGUGUUUGUAAUUAGCCAGAAAUACGAUAUUUGUACCAAUUAAAUGGCUGCGAAGAUGGAGGAAAAGAAAGCUCCAAGCUUUUCACAUAACCUAACCUGUCCACUAUGUCUUGGUAUCUUCGACGAGGCAACCAUCCUGACUUCAUGCGGACACACAUUCUGUCGGAAAUGUCUCAAGAACUAUGACCUGUCCCAUCAGGAACUUGAUCACAUGAUAUGUCCUCUCUGCAGGGAGGUCACCAAGUUGUCUGCGAACCGUGUCGAUAAUUUCCUCACCAAUGUGACUGUCAACGGACUUGUAGACAAUUACCACGCCAAGUGUGGAGGGGUGAAUGCUGCCCUUGAGGUGCGUCCAAAAUGCACUGCUUGCAAGUUCCAUCAAGAUGCUGUCUCAUUCUGCAGAACAUGUAAUAAUUAUAUGUGUGAUAAGUGUCUGGAUUGUCAUCAACAUCUCAAAGUCGUCUUUGAAGGUCAUGAGAUUGUAUCCAUGGAGGAUAUCAUCAAGGGGAAGGUCAGCAUUGGUCACCUUUCUGAGAAGUGCUGCAUCCACAAACAAGAGAACAAAGAUAUGUUUUGUGAGGAUUGUAAGGUCCACGUCUGUCACAAGUGCGUGAUAGUCAGUCAUCAAAAUCACAACAUCAAGAAUCAGGCUGACUUCGAGCAGGAGUUACGGCUAAAGGUGAACGACCUUGUCCAGCGUUGUGCAAGUAAAAAUUCAGAACUGGAGAAGAACAUUCAGAAUGUGGAGGUACAACGAAAUGAAGUAUACAUUGCCGUGCAGAAACUACUGGACGAUGUCAAUCAAACCUACAGCAUCAAGGCCAAAGAGCUUGAAGAAAAUCUUCGAAAUCUCAUCGAGCAGAUCAAUGCAUUAAAGCAGAGUUUUGAUGACGAUCUCAACGUCUUGAAAUCCAACGAUCGUCAAAGGAUCAAGAGUAUCUGCAGUUCAAUAACACUGGUAGCUAAUGACAGACUGGGUCAUUUUGAGACAGACAGUGUGUCUGCUCAUACCUUGCUAUGUUAUAAGCUGGAUGCCAUGCUGAAGGAGGCUACUGAUCACACUUCUGCGGUAGCCAUUGCAAAGAAAGCACAGGAGAUGAGGUUCAAGUCUGCAGAUGUUACUUGCCUUGAACUCGGAAGCAUCUCAGAAUCAGCUCCCGAUCACACUCCUGCUGCAGCCAUUAGCAAGAAAGCACAAGAGAAGAGGGUCAAGCAUGAAGGUGAUACUCGUAUUGAACUUGGGAGCAUCUCAGAAUCAGCUACUGAUCACACUUCUGCUGCAGCCAUUAGCAAGAAAGCACAGGAAAAGAGAUUCAAGCAUGAAGAUGAUACUCGUAUUGAACUCGGAAGCAUCUCAGAAUCAGCUACUGACCACACUUCUGCUGCAGCCAGGAAGACAGCACAAGAGAAGAGGUUCAAGUCUGUAGAUGAUACUAAUUGUCUUGAACUCGGGAGCAACUCAGAAUCAUAUCCCCAGUUGCAAAUCAUGGAGUCUGUAAAUCUUCGGGGACGGAUGUUUGGUAUCACCCCGUACUCUAAGGACAGUGUAGCUAUCGGAUAUAUUGAUGUACGUGGUAUCAUCGAUAUCAUCGAUUCAACUGGUUAUCAGGAGCAGUAUGAAAACAUAACAAGUAACAUGAAGUGCGUUGAUCUUGUGUUUCAACAAGACGGGUCGGUAUUCAUAUCGACUGGUAACAAUAAGGCACACAUAUAUGCUCCUGAUGGAUCCAGGAAAUCAACCAUACACGUAAAAGGCAACGAACUUAAUCUCAAACUAAACAGAAGUCCAUCAGAUGAAAUCCUCAUCGCGAACAGUGAGAAGAAAGUCUAUAUCUUAAACCCGACGGGAUCCACUCUCAAACACACUGUUCCAACAAAAUACAAGACGAGCCAAGUAUCUGGCACCAGUUCGGGUUUGAUCGUCACGACAAGUUUAUGUGAUUUAACCAAUUUAAGCGUGGUGACGGUCUAUGACAGGAAUGGGAAUGCUGGUAAGUCUCUACAAGCUCCAGAAAAGUAUGUCUACCUGCAUGCUGCCGUGGAUGAGCAGGACAGGGUGUAUGUAGCGCAUGUAAUUAAUGAGAGUCAGAGUUAUCAAUUGCAUCAGUACUACUACUUGCAAAUCAGGCUCUACGACCUUGAUGGUCUGAACCUCAAGGAGAGAGUUGAGUUCGGUGCACGUGAUCUGCGUAUUGAUAUUGCACCACGUAGAUGGGGUGAUUACUUGGUUUCUCUCUCACCAGACGUGCUCGCGUUUGCUUGUGACAAGAAGUUGUAUUUUAUCAAAGUAUCACUGUAA